AUGACAAGUGUCUUUUUUUCAUCGGAGAGGCUUCUCCACUACAUCAAACGAUCCGCACUACUCCGAUCCUCCAUGACGACGAGCAACAACAACUAUCCAACUCCACUCGAUAUCGAAGUCUAUAAACUCGUGUUAGAAUAUAUACUUGAUCUUUUAGCAUUGGAUGCAAGUCCCUUUUCGAAUCUCAUCCUUCCAAUGACCACUCAACAUUCAUCCAUAACGAUUGUGGAAUAUUCUAGUGGUGCCAAUGGAAAAAUAGAAUCGGAACGAUAUUCAUCUUCUCAGGAAUUAAUUUCAAGAAAAAUCUCCUUGUGUGUCUUUUUACAAGAAUAUUCUCUUGUGUUGUUUCGGAAUAAUAUUCCCAAACUCUAUGAAUAUUUUGGAGAAAUUCAAAAUAUCAUUAAUAGUGGAAAAUUAGAUGACAUGACCUAUGCUCAAUUAUUGGUCACAAUGACCACGCUUUACAUUACUCACAAUUUACAAGAUUUAAAUCCAACCAUGAUGUUGAAUCACAUUUCUUCUCUCUUGCAAUACAUUACCAAAACUGUGAAUAACUCACAAUUUCGAUUACAGAGACAGAUGGCAGCAGAAUCUCUACAAGAAAUUCUCUAUUUUCAUAAUAUUCGAGUUUCUGAUUUUAUUCCAACUCUGUUGAAGUGUUGUCAGGCAGAAAAUUCACACGCUCUUCAAUCCUUUUCAACGCUGUUAGCAAAUUUAAUUUAUCUCGAGUCGAACAAAACAAAACGAGAAGUCAUCAAUAGCUUAACCUUUCUUAUUGAGAAUAUUCAAAUAUUUACAAUAUGGGGAAGAGCAGCCAUUGUUGGCAUUAUUAUUCAAAUUAUUAGGGAUACGGAUUAUCCUGAUCAUUUAUGGAAGAGAGUUUUUGGAAAAUUUAAAAACAGUAUCAAUCCAUAUCUGAUACAUUUAUUCUGUAACAAUGUCACAGGCGGCCUUACGAAACAAGCUGUCUCAAAAAAUUCCAAAAAUGAUCGAUUAUUUCAGCUCAAUGUUGAUGACUAUAGCCAGCCACUUUAUGUAAGAGAACAGUUGAUAUAUUUUCAGAAGUUGCAGCAGCAGCAACAGAUGCAAGACCAGUCCUUGAUUCAAUUGAAAUAUUUCGAUGAGUUACCAAUCAAAACGAUGAAGUGUAAAAUUAUUUCACAAACAAUGGCGACCUCAUUGAAUAGAAAUUCCAUAGAAUCUAUUCUUCAUUUAUUAGAUUGUGUUGCCGAUUACAAAUAUUACAUGAAAGCCCUUCCCAAGUAUUAUUCAAAAUCAUUCAAGCAACCACAAAUUCAUGAAGAAAAUCAAACUGCAGUGACGAAAAUGGAGAGACAACUCCACAUUCGUUUUGAAAUUAUUUUCACAGUUCUUUAUUAUGCAUAUAAGAGCUCUCCAAAACAAUGCCAACCCAUUCUAGAUUUCUUAAUUGAUAUUUUAGAAAGAGAGAGCGGGUUGAAUCUACUCAUUUCUCCAGUGAUGGAUUACACCAUUUCAUUGAUACAAUCACUGGAUCACAAGGAAGACAAUGACCUCGUAGAAGGUCUCUUCAAUCACAUUAUUCACUUGUCCAAUGAAAAGCUUGGAUAUUAUUUUUCACUUUUUGAAGCUCUCAUCACCAAUUUAAAAAACGAUCGUGUCACGAAAAUGCUUUCCUGUCUGUAUAAAUUUGCAAGAAGCAAGCCAGUAGCAAAUUUUGGAGAUUGGAAUUUUGGUGACUCGAUACUCUCCAUCAUUCGAAUGGUCAUUUACAGAGCUUGUCAUGAGUCCUCUCCAUCCUCACUACUUUCCUCGUCUUUGCAAUCUUCAAAUAUGGACAUGAACAUGGAUCCAAGUGAAGUCCAUUUCGAUCCACAACAAUGGACUCUUAUUCAAAACAUUCUCUCUCUUCUCAUUCAAGAUUACAACAAUUUAGAAAUUAAGCAAAGAAGUCAUUUUUAUUGGACUCUGUUGAAUUUGGGAGUUGCCACGAACAAACGAAAAUUAUUAAGUAUUUUAGGAUAUGCUGAAGAUGGACUAGUUUCGAAUGCAUUCAUUUCAAAUGUACAAGUCACGACAACUACAACAGCAAUGAAUCGUACUACUACCACUGCUACUGCUACUACUGCUACUACUACUACUACGAUGACGACUGGCACUUCUUCUUUAGAAUCUUUAUUAUCAGAAAUUCCUACGGUAGUGACUUUACCGUUCUUACAAUUGGAAUUUGUGAAAAAUGUAGGUCAUGAAUGGUCCUUACUUUCCUCUUCCUUAUUGAGAGUGAGAGCAUUAGCUGGACAUCAUCAUCAUCAUGGAGCAAGUACUACUUCUACUACUAGCAUUACUAAUAUUACUAGUAAUAAUAAUCAUACUAUGAAUAGUGGUGUUGGUGGUAAUCCUAGUGGUCAUGCUCCUUCUCCAUUCUCUUCUCAUGAACAAUCUUCUCAUGAAUUUCAUGUGGACCAUUUGGGUAUUCACGAGCGAGCUUCAUCUCUCUUACUCGUUCAGUAUUAUAUGGACAAGUAUGUGAAAAGUUUUCGAUAUCAAAUUCAAUUGCAGUAUAAAAUUUCUGCCCUUGUGAACGAUCGGAUUCUGCAAUUACAAGAGAAUAAUCAUUCUUCCAUGAAGAAUGUAAAGAGUCUUUUUGAAAAGCUAGUGGGUAUUGAAUUGAUUUUUGGAGGAGAUUCAUUGGAUCGAUUUAUUGGUUUGGAAAAUGGUGUGAAUAUUCCCUAUCUUAAAAUAGGAUCAAUAAGAGACCAGAGCGUUGUUGUCGAGAUGAAUGAGGAUGAACAACAAUUGUCGACUUUACCCUCUGAACAUCUUUUUACACUCAAAUUCUUUCCUGUGAAACCACUUCCAGGAGUGAUUCAUGUUUCAGCAACGUUUACAGCAAUUAAGAGAGAAAAUGCCUCUCAUGUUGUUGGUAUGACAUCUAUGCGUCAUGAUGAAUUUUCUCAAAUGAUUGAACCCAUGACAGCAUUCUGUCAAACUCAAUUGCCAGAUAUUCAUAUUCAAUUUAAGGAUUUAUUUUUACCAAUUUUUGAUCGAGAUUUACCUGAAGGUCUUACGAAAGAGGCACUCUUUGAAGCCAUGUGGAAUUACAAGAAUGGUAAAAUGGCGUCGAGUGUGAAAAUUUUGAAAAACACAUUGGUGAGCGAAGUGAUGGAAAGUUUUAAAUUAUUCGCAGUCAAUCCCAAGGAUUAUAUUUUAAUAUUCCUUCCACCGAAAUAUCAUCUCUUGAUUCGAGUCAGUCAGAAAGAUGAGACCACAACCCUUCUUUCUAUCAAGACUGAUUAUUGGCAGUGUUUGUCGUUUGUGGAUGAAAUUUUUCAGCAACGGGUGUGA